AAAUCUGAAACUAAUAACUCAGUUGAUAUAAUAGAAAUAUCUCAAUAUUUAGCCCAAUUAUAUGAUAAAGCUUUUAUUGCAGAAGAGUGUAAAUUAAAGACAAAUCAAGAAGAAAUACUAUAUUGGUAUCACUAUAAAAAAAAUUUAUAUUUCAG